UGUUCUCUCCGUCAAAUGGUAAUGAAUAGAACCUGGAGUUUCUCUCUCUCUUUCUCCGUCCUAGAGUUAAUAAAAGAGAACCCGGAGUAAAGUUUUGUUACAGUCAUGAGUUGGCUGUCAGAAAUCAACAUUCAACCGGUUCUUCAUUUAAGCAGAACUACUGUUCUUUUUCUUCUCCUUCUUCAGGAUUACAUUGGGUUUGGAAACUCGAAAAUUGUAGGAGUCGGGUGGAUUCGACCUGAUGGAGUAGUGUCGGUAGGUGGAGUUCUUGAAGUGGAUGAUGGAGUACUCCAGGCUCUAAAUGGAGACCAUGAUGUACUCCCUGUAAUACGAGGAGUAGAUGAUAACCAUCAUAGUUUUCACAGACAAAGAAGAGAGGAGAAACGAAUCUGUUCCUUCAGUAUCCAGGACUGGACUGAGGUUGAAGGAUUCUGCACCUUCUAUGGAGCUUGCAGGAUCAGAAAGAAUGAUUACAUGUAUCAGGGAGGAUGUGGAGACGAUACAUCAGGUUCUGUUUGUAAAAUGGAUGUUCGAGCGAGUAAAAUUAUCAUGGGAAGGUGUAUGCUCGGAAACUGUGUAGGAGAGAAAAAAAUGAAAAUGUUACACUCAGAGUGUCCAGACUCCCACUCACUAGGGAAUAUAAGAAUUCUCAAGAAAUCGUCCAAGAAUUUCAAGCCUGAGAGAAAAAGAAACCCUGGCGAUAUGAAGUCAUCCAAAAAUUUUGAGUCAUCCAAACUUAAAAGUCAUUCGACCAUAUGAAGUCAUUCAAGCAAUAGAUGACGUCCGCCAUGAUUUAAAGUCAUCCGAAUCUUAGUCGAUCAAAGAUAUGAAGUAUCCCAUGCACUUAUGCUAUAGUCUAUAACACAUCACUUUGUACUUGAAAAAACACAUUCACAGAAAUUAACAUAAUUAAAUGAGAAUGAUUGGAAAUAAUGCGAUUAGAUGAAGUAACAGUAUUACAGAAGGUAUCAAAAUCACUAAAAAGGAACUCAUUCAGUACAUAAUUACACAAAGUAACACAAUCAUCAUAAUUACAUGUAGUAGCAUAAUCACACUAUUACAAUCUUAAUCACAUAAACUACCACAAUUCCAGAAAUAACUUAUGCAUUUGAAAUAAUUGAAUCAUUAUUUUUUAUAUUGAGUUCCACAAUGACUAAAGAAAUGGCACACCACCAUUUAAUCACAUUAACACAUUUUGUCACUAAGUUAUCAAUAAAUCUUUAUAAAGUAACACAAUUACUCGAUCAUGUAACACAAUCACUCGAUCAUGUAACAAGAUCAUUUGAUCAAGUAACUCAAUUACUUGAUCAAGUAACACAAUUACUUUAUCAAGUAACACUAUCACCUGAGCGAGUAACACCAUCACUUAAUCAAGUAACACAAUUUCUUGAUCAAGUAACACAAUCACUUGAUCAAGUAACACAAUUACUUAAUAGAGUAAAACAAUUAAUUAAUCAAGUAACAAUCACUUGAUGAAGUAACAAAAUUACUUGAGCAAGUAACACAAUCACUUGAUCAAGAAACACAAUAACUUGAUCAAGAAACACAAUCACUUAAUCAAGUAACACUAUCAUUUAAUCAAGUAACACAAUCAUUUAAUCAAGAAACACAUUCACUUUUUCAAGUAGCACAAUUACUUGAUUAAGUAACACAAUCACUUGAUCAAGUAAGACAAUCACUUGAUUAAGUGAAAAAAAUUACUCGACUAAAUAUAACACAAUCACUUAAUCAAGUAUUACAAUCACAUAAAUCACAUGAUCAAGCAACACGCCGACUAAAUCAAGUAAGAUAAUCACUUGAUCAAGUAACACGAUCGCUUGAUCAAAUAACACAACCGCUUGAUCAAGUAAAACAAUCACUUGAAAGUAACUAUAAAUCACUUGAUCAACAAAAUCACUUGAAAGUAACAUAAUCACUUGAAAGUAACACAAUCACUUGAAAGUAACACAAUCACUUGAAAGUAACAUAAUCACUUGAAAGUAACAUAAUCACUUGAAAGUAACACAAUCACUUGAAAGUAACAUAAUCACUUGAAAGUAAUACAAUCACUUGAAAGUAACCCACCAGAUCAAUUAGAAUUAAACGACAAAUGAAAACAACUACUUAAAUUUACAAAAUAAGAAGUAGUUAAAAGAUCAAUAGGAUUUAUUUCUAAACCUUAAAAGAUUAAAAAGAAAAUAAUUUCACAAUUUUUUUACAAUUUUCCGAAUAUGAAUCCUCCUGCUAAAAUGAUCAAUAAUAUUGUAAAGGAGAUCAAUGAUGAUUAAGAAAAUAAACAUAUAACGCUGAGAUGAUCACUGAUCUUCUGAAAAUAGAUCAAUGAGAUCUAAUGCUAAAUCUGAGACUAUGAAACAUGCAUCAUACAACAUGUUGAUCUUUGUAAUAUAAAAACUAAUAAUAUUUAAACAUAAAAUAGCAAGUCUCUACUGCCUCUCUCAAAGCCCUGUUACAAACAUAUUUACACAAUAUAAUCAACAAGAAUUUUCCAAAAAUUUGAGAAAGAAAAUAGCUUUGUUUUGUUACUUUUUAAUGAAAUUGGCGAACAUGUGUUUCAUUCAAAUUUAUUAACAAUAACAAAUCCGAUAUUUUUGUUAAUAA